AUGGACAACAAGAACUUCGAGAAGGACCCUUUUGACCUUUGUGGUGAGACAGCACCUAUUCUUGCCGACACAAUCGCGGGAGCAUUUGAAGAACCGGCACUGAAAGAUUUCAAUUUUGAAUCUAUUCUGUCAGAAGACUGGGAUUCAACAGCCCCUGAAGCCCGACUCCCAUCACUGAAUGAGACGGACAAACGUACUUUGAUGCUACGAUGGCACUAUCGUCUUGGCCACAUGCCGUUCAGCCAUCUCAAAGCAAGUGCAGCCGCUGGACUACUUGACCCUUGUCUUGCCACUGUUCAAGAACAUCCAUUUUGCCCUGGCUGUCAGUUUGGGAAAGCAACACGUCGGCCAUGGCGUCAUCGCUCUAAGAAGAAAGACGGGAGCCGAAAGAAACUUUGUCAAGCAACUCAUCCUGGUGACAUUAUCUCUGUGGACACUGCGGAAUCCCAAAAUGUACCUGGCCUUGUUGCCCAGUUGCGUGGACGUCCAACCCUUAUGCGGUACCAUUAUGCGACCACAUUUGUGGAUCACUUCUCUGAUCUUGACUAUGUGCAUCUCCACCAACGCAAUGAUGGUGACAGCAUUCUUGAAGCAAAACUUGCAUUUGAACGCUAUGCUGGGACCUUUGGCGUCUCUGUGAAACACUAUCAUUGUGAUAAUGGCGUGUUUGCCGACACCAACUUCAAAACGGCAUGUCGCGCUGCUCGUGAAACCUCCAGUUUUAUGGGGAUUUGCAAUGAUUUCCUCCUCUCAAAUUCGAAAUUCCACUCUUCGAGAGGGAGAGAAACGGACAGCACUGCAGGAAUUGUGAACACCGAUGAUAGACCAGAUGUCAAACAAUUUCAGCACUGCAGGAAUUGUGAACACCGAUGA